AUGACCGAGGCGGCGCGCGCGCAGAUGGAUCUGCACACCAGCUCGGAGGUACCGCCGCAUCAGUACCAUUACGUGCCUCACGCGCACGUGCAGCCCAUGGGCUUUCACGGCCUUCACAUCUCGAUCUCGGCGCUGCAGCCACAUCCGGGCAUGUCGGCCGGCCAGCUGCUGCCGCCGCUGAUGUCCGGCAUGGCGACGGACGAGCAUUACCUGUACCUGAUGUCGCAACUGGAGUCUGCCCGGCAUGGCGGCGCGCAGCCGGGCGCCUCGCGCACUCAGAUCGAGCGCAACACACUGCCGCACCGCUACAAGCAUCAGAAAACGAGGACGGAGACGGGCGACAUCGAAAAGUGCACCAUUUGUCUUUCCGAGUUCGAGGACGACGAGUGUGUGAGGCGGCUGCCCUGCAUGCACCUUUACCACAUCGACUGCGUGGAC